AUGGCUGCUUCAACGGAAGGUGCCAGCCAGGCCCCGAGUGCUGAAGACCUCAAGCUGUAUGAACUCUCGCAAAAGUACACCGCCGAAGCUGCCAAACGACUCCGACCCGACGGUCUUUCUCAAUUCGUCCGACUCAAGGAUGCCGGUAGCGAACGGCUUCGCACUCUUGCCGAGGACCCCUGGGCCGACCAUGCCGCUCUAAACGCCAAACCCCUGGUUCAAGAUGGCUCGAAACACAAAUUUGUAAUCCUUGGCGCCGGCUUCGGCGGACUGCUCUAUGCCGUUCGUCUGAUCGAAGCCGGUCUCGCGAGUCAGCCAAGUGAUAUUCUCUUGGUUGACGCUGCCGGUGGGUUUGGCGGAACUUGGUGGUGGAAUCGGUACCCCGGCCUGCACUGCGACAUCGAGAGCUACUCGUACAUGCCGCUGCUUGAGAAGACUGGAUAUGUGCCCAAGAAGAAGUAUUCCACAGGCCCCGAGCUACGAGACUACGCCAACCUCAUCGCCGACAAGUGGUCUCUGCACGACAAAGCGCUCUUCCGUUCGAGUAUCAAAGCCGCACGGUGGGAUGAUGCUACGCAGCUGUGGACGGUUGAUGCCACCGAGAAUCGCGGCCCCGGAGAGGAGGCGCGCGAACUGAAACUCCACGGCCAGUACCUCCUCGUCGCAUCCGGGAUUCUCACCAACCCGCAUGUUCCCAAGGUCACCGGCCUCGAGGAUUUCGCUGGGCCUCUCUUUCACACUGCGCGCUGGGACUAUAAGGUGACCGGUGGAAGCCCGGUUGAUGAGAAACUCACUGGUCUCGAGGGGAAACGCGUUGGUAUUAUCGGAACAGGCGCAACGGCAAUCCAGGCGGUGCCGAAAAUCGCCAAGUACGCCAAAGAGCUCUACGUGUUCCAGCGGACACCGUCUUCGGUUAACUGGCGUGGGCAGCGCCCAACCGAUCCAGAGGAGUGGAAAACAAAAAUCGCCACCAAACAGGGUUGGCAGCGCGACAGGAUGCUCAACCUGGAUUCGUUCCUAACGGACGCUCCGGAAGAGGAGAAUCUGGUGGCGGACGGCUGGACCGAGAUGCCUGCGUUCUCCGCCGUGAUCGGUUCACCAAGGUACGGUAUUAUCGAGCCAACGCCAGAGAAAAUCGCCCAGCACGUCGGGCGGAUUUACAAGCUCGACCUGCCUCACACCGAGUCUGUGAGGGCGCGCACGGAACGCAUCGUCCAAAACCCAGAGACAGCCGCCAAACUCAAAGCUUGGUACCCAACAUGGUGCAAGCGGCCAUGUUUCAGUGACGAGUAUUUGGAGGCUUUCAACCAGUCGAAUGUACAUCUUGUCGAUACCGAUGGCAAGGGCAUCGACUCGGCGACCAGUGGUGGGCUGGUGUUCGCUGGGAAAGAAUACCCCCUCGACAUUCUGAUUCUGAGCACCGGUUAUGUGACCCCCAGCAUUGGAGGUGGCAGCCCCGCUGUCCGAACAGGCAUCGACAUCUUUGGGCGCAACGGCAGGUCGAUGGAUGAAAAGUGGCAAAACCACGGCGCAUCCACCCUCCACGGCGUCUCCUCAAACGGAUUCCCUAACCUCUUCUUCGCGCCUUUGUCUCAGUCUGCCCAGGCGUCCAACAACGCCUUCACCCUUGACGUUGGUACUGAGCACAUCGUGCACGUCAUCGAAAAGGCGGAGGCCCGGACUGGGGGUAAUGCAAUUGUCGAGGUGACAAGCGAGGCGGAGGAAGCGUGGGCUCUCGAAAUCAUGCGCCGGGCCGGAUGGUUUGCGACAGUCAUGGGCUGCACACCGGGCUACGUCACCUCAGAGGGCGAAGCUCUCAAAGUGUCCCAGGACCCCGUGGAGAUGGCGAGGAAGGCCCGGUCGAGUAACUGGUCCGAGGGUAUGGCGUCGUUUUUGAAGCUACUGGAAGAGUAUCGUGCCGACGGAUCGAUCAAGGGAUUUGAGGUUGUUUCCAGGGCCGCGUAA